AUGAUUAAAUAUGACAUCUUGAGGACCAGACCCCGUUACUGCAGGAUUAACCUGAGUGUCCCAGUUUUGGACCGUUUCUUCAGCCAGGAAGAUCCCCCAGACUUUCGGCUGAGCAGGGAGUCUCUGGCAGUUCAGAACCUCCUGAACCAGGAGAGAAGACAUGGGUGGUGGCCAUUCGCCACAAGGUCAUCUUCCUCCCGAAGACCCCGGAGCACCUGGAAGAAGUGUCCCGCGGUGGGGCUGGCACGCCACAGAGCUUUUAUCAAAGCUGCAGGUGCCAUCGACGGCUGUCACAUCCGCAUCAAGCCUCCGAGCGGCCCUGAUGGUCAGUGCUACAGAAACAGGAAACUGUUUCCAUCCAUAAUCCUUCAGGCUGUUUGUGACCAUCAGGGCCGCUUCAUCGAUACGUACGUGGGGUGGCCUGGAUCGGUGCACGACUCCAGGGUGCUCCGGCACAGCCCACUGUAUGCUCAGUCAUCCUACCCUCCUCCAGGGCAUUUCAUCUUGGCCGAUGGAGGAUAUCCAUGCCUCCAACGGCCUCUCCCCCUCAUCACUCCUUACAAGAGGCAGGUGCAAGGUGUGGGAGCCCAGCGCUUUAACAGCCAUCAUUCCAGGGCACGCUCCAUUAUAGAGGGUGGUUUUGGAAUGAUGAAGACAAGGUUCCGGUCCAUCUUCCUGCAAGCGCUGGAGGUGCACUACACCUUUGUUCCUCAUGUUGUGACAGCAUGCACCAUCCUCCACAACAUCUGGCUCAGUGCCGGAGACGUGUUGGCACCUGAGGAUGAGCCUGAGGACGAUGUGGAGGAAGAUGAGGGGGAGGCUGACAUGGAGGCCGUCAACGGUGCUCGGUGGGGUGACCAACUCUGUGCUGAGGUGUCUGCCCUGGAGGUUGUACCACCAGGUCAUGACUACCUUUAACAAGCAAGUAAACAAUAACUUUAAUAUCUUAUUUAAAAAGUACUUUGUCAUGAAAGGAUUGGAUUCAGUUUCUCCUGUUUACAUAUUUAUUAAUGCAUGUUACAGAUGUGACAGCCGUUGAUUGAGUCGCUCUGCAAACCCUGCUGGUGGACGAUGUAGGGGACAAUGGGAGGAGACAUCCUGAAGCUCUCUGCAGACCACCCUGUGAUGUUUCACUCGCCAACCAGAGGACCAGCCACGGUUCCCUGCUGCACUCCAUCCAUGUCUCUCAUCCUUUCAGCGGCUCCAGCAACACUGCCAGGGACUCCCGUUGUAAUUAAACAUAAAAAUGCUCCAAUACCUGGUCACUCAGAUUAAUCCUGCAGUGAUUUGUUAAAAUCUGUUGUCCUGUAAAUAGUUCUGUAAAUAGUUUCUGUAUGUUCUUGAAUUUUGUUACCUCAAUUUUGUUUUCUGAAUGUUAUUAAAUAAUUAUACUCUUAA